AUGAUAAUGUUUGUUUGUUGUAUCGAUGAGUUUUUUCCAUAUACUGUAAUCUUAAAAGAUGAUGAUGCUUUGGACUUUGGUUCCGCAUCGAACAUAGAACCAGUUAAUGAUUUUUAUUCUAUUAGAUCAUCACCAUCUGCCGGUAGUCGUAGCAGUGAUAAUGAUAAUGCUGAAGUUGAUAUACUUUUACAAAUCAUUGAUUUUGUACGUUCAGUCAACCUUGAUAAAGUGAAUACAAAUCGUUUGUUACGUUUAUUAAAUAAUAUCCACUCAAAUAAUGGUUUACCAAAAUCUGCAAAUGAACUUUGGGAACAAACUGGAGUAAAUGGUGUUAAAAAAAAUCCACUUACCUUGAUGAUCGGUACCGAUGGAAAGCCAACACUUAAAUCUACUAGUAGCUCAGUUUGGCCUGUCAGUAUUUCAUUAUUAAUUUUUAAUUGA